AUGUUUUCAAGAGACAAAAAAAGUGAUAUUAAUAGUCAUAGUUAUAGCAAUCCAAAUGUAGCUGAAUGGGAAUUAAGACCAGGAGGAAUGUUGGUACAAAAGCGAAAUUCGGAUGCGAAUAAAAGUUCUUCAUCUAUCAUCAAAGUCAAAGUGAAAUAUGGAUCAUCCUCUCACCAAAUUCAUAUCAGUUCUCAUGCAAGUUUUGGGCAAUUGAAGAAAAUGUUGACAGAAUCUACAGGGUUGCAUGUUGAGGAUCAGAAGAUAAUUUUCAAGAAAAAAGUGAGAGAUUCAAAGUCAUAUCUUGAUGUUGAAAGAGUCAAAGAUGGAUCAAAGUUGGUUUUAAUUGAGGACAUUGAGAGUAGAGAAAGAAGAGUAUUAGAGAAAUUAAAAAUUGCAAAGAAGGAAAAAACUUCAAAAUCCUUAAUUAAAAUUAACUUAGAGGUUGACAAAUUAGCCAAAAAGGUUUCAGAUUUGGAGGAAAUAGCUUCUAAGGGUGGAGUUAUACAAGAGUUAGAUGUAGAAAGUUUAACAGAAAGUUUGAUGAGAAUAUUAAUUACAUUGGAUGAAAUUUAUGGUGAAGGUGAACUGAAAAUGCAGAGAAAAGAACAGGUUAAGAGAGUUCAGAAGCACAUUGAGACUCUAGAUAUGCUAAAGAUGGUAAAGACAAAUGAAGGUAACAAUGUGGAUUGUGGCAAGAAACAGGAACAGCCUUUGAAACAUUGUGAAUCAGUUGUAGUAACAACAAAAUGGGAAACAUUUGAUUAA